AUGUCUGUCGAAGAACCAAAGAUUGAAGAAAUAACUGAGAACCAAGAGACCAACGAACAAGCCGAGGUUUCCCAACAAGAAAUCCCAGAAGGUGCUCAAGUUCGUAUCAUCUCUAAGAAUGAAAAGAAGGCUAGAGCCGCUAUCCUCAAAUUGGACUUGAAAAAGGUUAAGGGAAUUUCCAGAGUCACUUUCCGUAAAAAGGGUAACUACAUUUUGGCUAUUAGUGCCCCUGAAGUCUACAGGACCCCAGCUGGGUCCUACGUUGUCUUCGGUGAGGCAGAAGUUGAAGAUUUGAACAAGCGAUAUGCUGAGACUGCAGCUGCUCAGCAAGCUGCUCAGCAGGCUGCCCAAUCUGCUGGCCAGUCUGUUGAUGCCGAAGGAACACCUUCUAAGGACCCCGCAUCUAUCACUGCCGACUUGGAAGCCUCAGCCAAUGCCCCAAAUAAGGAGGACGAUGACGAUGACGAGGAGGUUGAUGCCACUGGAGUAGAUAGUGCCGAUAUUGACAUCGUUGUUGAACAAACAGGAGUUAGCAGAAACAAGGCUAUUAAGGCAUUGAAGACUCACAAUGGCGAUAUGGUCAACGCUAUUAUGUCUUUAUCUUCUUAA